AUGUUAGCCACCCAUUUUUUCACUCUUCAUGAUUCUUCUGAGGUUUUUGCUUGCUCAGAAGAUGGUUUCAGUAACAAUAAGAGGAAAAGAAGGCCUGUUGGGACACCAGAUCCUGAUGCACAAGUAGUUUCUCUCUCUCCCGAGACGUUAAUGGAAUCAGAUCAAUACAUCUGUGAAAUCUGCAACCAAGGGUUCCAAAGGGAGCAGAAUCUCCAGAUGCACCGGCGCCGCCACAAGGUCCCAUGGAAGCUACUGAAGAGAGAGAGUAGCGAUGCCCGGAAGCGAGUUUACGUUUGUCCAGAGCCAACUUGCUUGCACCAUGAUCCAUGCCAUGCACUUGGUGAUCUGGUGGGAGUAAAGAAGCAUUUCAGAAGGAAACAUAGCAAUCAGAAGCAAUGGGUUUGUGACAAGUGCUCUAAAGGUUAUGCUGUUCAAGCUGAUUUGAAGGCUCAUCUCAAAACUUGUGGUACCAGAGGCCAUUCUUGUGACUGUGGUCGUGUUUUCUCCAGGGUAGACAUUUUCAUGGAGCAUCAAGAGUCAUGCAAAGGUAGGACUACUAUCCACACAGAAUUGCAGUCACCAGCUCCUAGAAAUUCAAAUUCAAGCACCACCUCUACUCCAAUUUGGAACAUACCCAAUCAGAAUAAACCCGAAAUCGUGUUUUCGUCCUCCAGGCCAUAUCAUGCCACCCAAUUAAGUCUAUCAAUUGGAUCUCUAAGUAUUAAUAAUGAAGAAAACGAAAUAAACCAUUCACCAAUAUUGAACAAUUGUGCAUGGAAAGCCUACUUCCAGCACAGGGUUGAUAUUGAAGAACAUGAAUUGGCAGCAUCAAGGUUGAGAGAGGCAGCGCAUGAGCAGCUGAGGGUGGCCUGGGAAGAGAGAGGCUUGGCAGAAGAGAGGCGGCAACAAGCAAAAUGGGUGUUUGAAUUGGCUGAGCAAGAGUUCACGAAGGCAAAGAAAAUCAGACAAGUUGCUGAAAUGGAGUUGAAUAAGGCGCAAGUGCUGGAAGAUGUUGCAAGAAAGGAAAUGAAUUCCAACAUUCUGCACAUAAAUUGUCUUGCUUGCAAGAAGAAGUUCCAAAGAUUAAAUACUUUGUGA